AUGUUUCCUUCAGCCAAUCUUACGGUGGUUACCGAGUUCUUGUUGCUGGGUUUCUCCAAUCUCCAAGAAAAGCAGCUUGUGCUUUUCCCAGUGUUCCUCUGCCUUUAUCUAUUCAUUCUGACUGGGAACAUCAUGAUAGUAACUGUCAUCCGCCUUGAACGCAGUCUCCACACCCCAAUGUAUUACUUCCUGAGUGUCCUUUCUGUCUCUGAAACCUUCUAUACUUUUGUCAUCCUGCCCAAGAUGCUCGUCAACCUUUUUUCUGUGCUCAGGACGAUCUCUUUCACCAGCUGUGCUGUCCAGAUGUUCUUCUUCCUUGGCUUUGCCGUCACCAACUGUCUGUUGCUUGGGGUGAUGGGUUAUGACCGCUAUGCUGCUAUUUGCCACCCUCUGCGCUACCCAAUCCUCAUGAGCUGGCGUGUGUGUGGGCAGCUGACAGUCUCUUGUGGCAUUGGAGGUCUCUUGGUCUCACUAACAACAGUCAACUUGGUCUUUAGUCUCCCCUUUUGCAAUUCCAACAAAGUCAACCACUACUUCUGUGACAUCUCACCUGUCAUUCGGCUUGCCUGCACAGACUCAGAUUCUCAUGAAUUUGUCAUCUUCAUCUGUGGAGUCCUUGUGCUCGUGGUCCCCUUCUUCUUCAUUUGCAUUUCUUAUCUCCACAUCCUGAGAACUAUCCUGAAAAUUCCAUCAACAGAGGGGAAGAAGAAAGCUUUCUCUACCUGUGCUUCUCAUCUUACCGUGGUCAUCAUCCAUUAUGGCUGUGCCUCCUUCAUCUACCUGAGACCCACAGCCAGCUACAUCUCCAACAAGGACCGCCUGGUCACAGUAACAUACACAAUCAUUACACCUCUGUUGAAUCCAAUAGUGUACAGUCUAAGGAAUAAGGAUGUACAACUGGCCAUCAGGAAAGUGUUGGGCAAGAAGUUUUACCUAAAAUGA